AUGGAGCCAAACGGUGCGUCCAGUGUUGCGCCCUCAGCGGCGCCCUCCGCGGCAGACUUGAUUCUUCAGCAGAGGACCGGGGCAUCUCAAACAGGGCCGGCAACAGUGCAACAGGCGGUCCAAAAAGGCGAUGGCAGUCUCUUUUCGCAAGUGACCAGCAAUCCCUUGUUCACGGCAGGAUUCGGUCUGGGAGCGCUGGGCGCAGGAUUGACAUUUGCGCAGAGGGGGGUCCGCCAUGGCGCAGCUCUGUUACGUCGCCGUAUGCUUGUGGAUGUAGAGAUCAGCAUCAAGGACGAUUCAUACCCAUGGUUCCUCCACUGGAUGACGCUUUACCAACAGUCACAGCUGAACAUCACCCGCGCAGCCGCGAAUAGCACCGGUUUCGUCGACCGUUUCCUCCACAAAAUAACCCCCGGCAUGCGCCACCUCUCCAUCCAGACGUCAAAGGUUGAACACUCGAAUGGAGCUAUCCAUACACAUUUCUCUCUGAUACCGGGGCCUGGAAAACACAUCCUUCGCUACAAAAACGCGUUUGUCUUUGUGAACCGCGUGCGCGAGUCCAAAUCCCGUGACAUUCAAACUGGAAAACCGUGGGAGACCAUCACCCUGACCACCCUCUACUCUCAACGACACAUAUUUGAAGACCUCUUUACCGAAGCUCAUGCAUACGCUGCAAAGUCACAUGAAGGGAAGACAACAAUCUACAAUAGUUGGGGAACGGAGUGGCGGCCUUUUGGCAACCCUCGGCGCAAGCGUCCGCUGGAAUCGGUCGUACUUGACGAGGGUGUCACGGAACGCAUUGUGGGUGAUGUCCAAGACUUUAUCUCCAGCGCUGGAUGGUAUCAUGAUCGUGGUAUUCCCUACCGACGCGGAUAUCUCCUGUACGGGCCUCCCGGUACGGGUAAAAGCUCCUUUAUUCAGGCACUGGCCGGCGAAUUGGACUACGAUAUUGCAAUUUUGAACCUCAGCGAGCGUGGUUUGACCGACGACCGGCUGAACCAUCUGCUGACUAUUGUACCGAACCGAACUCUGGUUCUGCUGGAGGAUGUGGACGCUGCUUUCUCUAACCGGCGCAUGCAGACCGAUUCAGACGGCUAUCGCGGAGCAAACGUUACUUUCUCCGGCCUGUUGAAUGCGCUCGAUGGUGUUGCCAGCGCCGAAGAAAGAAUUAUCUUCCUCACCACCAACCACGUUGAGCGACUUGAUGAGGCUCUGGUCCGACCCGGGCGCGUAGACAUGACCGUACGUCUGGGCGAAGUGACACGCUACCAGGUCGGUCGUCUCUGGGAUCGGUUCUACGAAGAUAUCGAUACCGAUGGCUCCCACCGGAAAAUUUUCCUCGACCGGCUGCAGCAACUCGGCUUGGUUGAGGACGAACAAGGUCACAAAGCGGAUCGAUCGAAGAACACUAGCGCUGCAGCUCUGCAAGGGCUGUUCUUGUACAAUAAGGGCGAUAUGCAGGGCGCGAUCGCGAUGGCAGAGGGGCUUACCUAUUCUGUUCAUGAUGAGGCUUCGGAGCAUGACCAGGAGGGUCGACGUGACUAA